AUGGCAGAGUACCAAACCCUCCUGAUCAACUACAUCCCCCUUGAAAAUCUGGAAGAGCUCAAGUUAGUCUGUGGGAAGGAUAUUCCCAGUAGGAAGAAAAACCUCACCUCCAUUGAGUACUUCUUUGAGAUACCUUGCCCUCCUGACCUACUCACUGUGGUGGUUGACUACAGAACCUGUGUGCUGAAUAUCUCUGAGGAGGGUUAGCUGGACACCAUUAAAGAGUAUAGAGACAUUACGCCGCCACCCUCUGAAGAAGAAAUCAUCAAAUUAGCUCCUUCACCAAAGAAGUCCAGAGCAACCUGCUGUGUUGCUGCUGUCAUUGUCAUUUUUGCCAUCACCAUUGUCCUCCUCAUCAUUAUCAUCAUCAUCGCCACAUACAUCAUGAUGUGA